CCAGACUGUAACCCAGUAGACACUGGUAACUAACAACCAAUCAAUUAACCCAGGCUAGUCUAGGAGCUUAGCUUAGAAAUACAGUUGUUUUAAAAUAAACCUUCUUAAUGACCCUUGUUCACUCCAGAUGUCCCCGACUCUCGGCAUGGACUGAUUAGUUGCUCCGUUUGGUAUCGGCUUCCCCUUUACCAAAUGCCUUCAUUUCCAAAGAGACUCAUAACAAACGUUCCAAGAGAUGUUAGAAAUCAAGACUCUCUUACAAUAUCUACAACUUAUGACACUGAUACUCAUUUCAUGAUGAGAGUGACAUCUGUAUGCAUAAAGGUUUAAUUAUGUAAGGAAAGCACAAUGCAUUUGCCCCCACAAAACCGUUUCUUCAAGAAGAACGUGAAACUUGGCUAUGAUUGGUUCAAACAAACACCAUUGAACUUAGUGCAAAGUACUUAGGUACAAGUUUGAGCAAAAUCAAAAUUUCUCAAUAGAACCGGACCGGCGUCAUUAGCUUCCUUACUCAUAUGUGUGCACACAUUCCCGAUAUACGACACAUAUAUCACUCUUGAAUAGCCAAAGGCAAGCAAUCUAAUGGCUAAGAAACCGGUCAUUGGCCUUCUAGGCGGAGGCCAGCUGGGGCGCAUGCUACAAGAGCAAGCUGCAUUGCUCGGCAUCGAAAUCGUAUUACUAGAUGAAGUCAACUGCCCUGCUCGGCAGAUAAACCAGAACGACAAGCACGUUGCUGGCUCCUUCAAAGAUCCGGAAAAGAUUCGCGAACUCGCCAGAAGGUGUGAUGUGCUUACCGUGGAGAUCGAGCAUGUUGAUACCCACGUCCUGGAAGAAAUUGCUACCCAGGGCGUCGAGGUCAAUGGCCAGUUGAAGAAAGUGCCUGUGCAACCGGCAUGGGAGACCCUGCGCCUGAUCCAAGACAAGUAUCUACAGAAAGAACAUCUCGCCCAGAAAGGCUUGCCUAUUGCUACUCAGAUGGAUAUUCACUCCAAUGACUUCGACCCCAUGAUAGACUCAUUAGUAGAGGCUGCCAAGGAAUUUGGCUUCCCCUUUAUGCUCAAGGCACGGAAGCUAUCCUAUGAUGGCCGUGGUAACUUUAAGGUCAGCAAAUCAGAAGACUUCAAAGAGGCCAUUAGCACUAUGGGAAAGUUGUCUCUCUACGCUGAGAAGUUCAUCCCCUUUAAAAAGGAGCUUGCCGUCAUGGUCAUAAGAACGGAGGAUGAUGAGGGUGUGCUGAAGCAGGUUUAUGCCUAUCCGGCCGUUGAAACUAUUCACGAGGAUUCUAUAUGCGCCAAGACAUUCUAUCCCCCGCGAGAUGUGUCUAAAGAAAUAAUUGAAAAGGCGAGGAAAUUGGCUUCCGAUACCAUUCGGACGUUGAAAGGCAGAGGUGUUUUUGGUGUGGAGAUGUUCGUAUUAGAAAAUGAUGAACUGGUGGUCAACGAAGUCGCCCCAAGACCCCACAACUCUGGUCACUAUACCAUUGAAGCUGUGCCCUUCAUGUCCCAGUACAAGGCACAACUCUACGCUAUACUAGACCUAGUCCCUCCAUCUAUCAAGUUGCAGCCUCGAGUAUCAGGCGCGAUUAUGCUCAACAUUUUAGGUGGUGUGCAGGAGGACUCCCAUGACGCCCUGGUUAGUCUAGCUGAGUCAUUUUAUCACGAUGAUAUGGACGUCUUUCUACAUCUGUACGGCAAAUCCUCAAAGCCAAGUCGGAAGAUUGGCCACAUCACCCUCACCUCCUAUUCACCUACAGCAAACCUCGAGCAGUUGGCGACACCACUCAUAAAAGAGGUCGACCACAUCCGUCAAGUACGUCUCGAAGCCAAAUCAGCUCAGCUACGUCCUGAUGCCCCUGCAACCUCCAAACCGGCACCUAUCUCAGCCUCGUCUCGUGAUACCAAGAACCCCUUGGUAGUCGUCACCAUGGGCUCCGACUCGGAUCUUCAUGUCUUAAAAGGGGCAUUCGAGAUCCUUGAGCGCUUCAAGGUCCCCUAUGAUUUCACCAUCACCUCAGCACACAGAACGCCGCACCUCAUGAGCGAGCUCGCAAAAUCGGCCGCCAGUCGUGGCAUCCGCGUACUCAUUGCGGCGGCGGGAGGGGCGGCGGCGCUCCCCGGAAUGUUGGCCUCGGAGACUACAGUCCCCGUCAUCGGCGUCCCCGUCAAAGCCACACAUCUCGAUGGAAACGAUAGCUUACUCAGCAUUGUGCAGAUGCCACGCGGUUGCCCCGUGGCCACGGUAGGGAUUAACAACUCGACGAACGCAGGCAUACUCGCUGUUAGAAUCCUGGGCACGAGCGAUGGGAAAUAUCAGCAGGCCAUGGCGGACUUUAUGAAGGGCAUGUGCGAUGAGGUUGAGGCUAAGGCUGAAAAGUUAAGGGAGGUCGGAUGGGAGGCGUAUUUGCAAAAGAAAUAGGUUAGGGGAAUAAGGGUUGCAGGCCACUGGGUAUCAUUGUUGACAUCUAUUCAGUAUAGGUUCAGCUAUUGUGCAGCUAUCAAUGAAAAAAAAAGGAGUUAUGAUCAGAUGAUUCAAUGGUGAUUGAAAAGAGCCCCUUUUCAUCUACAUACCAUACAUGCAUCUACGUAAUCUGUAACUUCGUGUUUGGGUAGAACAACU